AUGCCCACACUGCAGGUGUGUCUGCAAUGGACGGCCGUGGUAUUCAAUACAUUUACUUUGCUAAUUGGCAGCCUGGCUGCCUUAGCCGGUGUCUAUGAAUUGCUCUAUAAGCUGGACGAGGGCUCUGCGACUCACAUUGAUUUUGAGAAGAUCAGGCAACUGGCCAUGGCUGGUAGCCUAAUCCUGGCUGCUGUCAUCGGCUGCUCGGGCGCCUUUCUCGGCUCUAUCAAGGUGCUGGUUGUGCACUUGGUUUUGUUGGUGUGCUUGAUUGGCGCUCACAUUUAUCGACUGGUGCAUUACAAUGAGGCCAGACAUGUAAAUGCCACAGAGGAGUUUGUUAUGGGCAUUUGGCUCAAGGAGCUGUCGCAUUCCGGUGCUAUGCAUCAGCUGGAGCAAAGGUAUGAGUGCUGCGGCAACAAGGGUUUCUCAGAUUAUACGACCACCAUGCGUGCGCCACAAAGCUGUUUCCAUACCAUGGAUGGUGUGCAUGCUCUCUAUCCCUAUACAGAGGGCUGCAUGUCAGCUGUAAAACGUGCCCAUUUGUUAAUCUAUCGCUUUGAGAAGUGGGUGCACUGUGGGCUCAUUGGCUAUGAAAUUGUAGGCAUUAUUUUGGGCAUUACGCUGUGCUGUCAGCUGACCAACAAACCUCGUCGCUAUGCCUACUAGCAU